GGUGAACUCGUCACAGUCUUGGAAGUCAACGCUUCGAUUCGAACCUUUAGACGAACUCUUUCGCUGUGCAUCGAGCGGAUCUCUCGCCGCGUUAGCCCUUUGGGAAAGGCUGCAGUGUCGGACAGAAACGCUUCGUUUUGUCUGGCACGAUCCGUCCGCAAUGGAGGUGCGCGAAAAACGUAAAGUUAUUCAAGCAUGCGCAGCGGCAGAUGCUUGUCGGCUACAUCGAGAAAACUCCGAGCCUGGGAGCCUAUCAUCUGGCGACACACCCGAUUUCACCGCAGUGCGCGGUCUUGAUCGAAAUUUGUACACCACCGAAUCACAGCGCGAACGCGCGGAAUCCGCCGGAAAUUCCUCAGACUUCACGCUUCUGGGUGGCGUCGGGGAUAUGUCUGUGGUAAGGGGCGCAGGUGGGGGAAGUGCGGACGGGAAUCCUCUGAGCAGUCUCGCAAUGGGCAGUCAGCUGAUGAAGACUCUCGUUCUAAAAAAGAGUUCCGGAGGAGUCGCCUUUCAUGCCUGUGUUACGGAUCUCUCGGGCACGCUUUGCUUGUGCUGCUUCUCGGAAACGGUCUCCUCCAUGUUCGCAUCUGCUCGGCCUAGAAGCGAAGCAGAAUUCGCGGCUCUGAUCGCAGGUCUCCGCGACAUGACUUCUAGCAACAAAAGCAACGACAUGUCUGAGCCGGAGCAAGCGAAAGAUGUAGUCGCGGGAGCGAGCCCAAGGCUCGAACUAUUCCUUAGCGGCCUUAGCAGUCUUCCUCCGCCAAAAGCGUCUGGUGGAGCGAAGACGAACGGCGUCACUCCUGGUUCACAAAAUGUCAACGGCGGUUGCGCUGGACUCUCAACAGCCUCAGCCGACUCGUUUCAUUCAAUUACGUCAGGGGAUUAUAUUAACCUGCCCACAGUAGAUGACCGCGAGAGCGACGCCUUCACCACCAGAGAAGCGGUAUCGUUUAGCACAGUGCACUGUUCUUUUCCUCUUUUUGCCACUGCGUCCCAAUGCGGUCCAACAGCAACGGUGCGGCGAUUUCCUACCGGGAGCAGUGCUGCACGUUCGCGACCAACGUGCUUGGAACUAGACUUAACUGUCCUCGACAACACUCUAGGCGACAAUUCACCUGUGAAAUCGACAUCCAGAGGUUUAGAUGCCAUUUUGCGUGCAGCGACGAUUGCGGAAGACGCUGAGGACGCGUUGAGAGCACAUCUUGACACUACACUCAAUAUGCGACUAAGUAGUGAAAACGAAAAUGAUCGGACUGCAGAACAAGGAUAUGGUCGUGGUAAAUCUAGUAGUACAACUGUGGCAUCGUCUCCUCUUCCAGGAGGCAGAACGGUUGCAGGGGAAGCUAUGGCAGAGGCUAGCCGUGCUGCAAAGCAAGCAACAAAUCCGAUUUCACACGCACCGGUCGCAGAUGGGAAUCAAACUCCAUUUGGUUCGGUAUCUUCUGCCUCUGCCCGUCCUACGGCAACUAAUGGAAUGCCGAGAAAGGGCGACGUCGGGGUAAGCCCAACGAAUCCGUCAACAUCCUCAUCAACGGUAGGGCCACCCGCAUCUGGCGACGUUCCAAAGAGUAGCGAAGCGGACAGCACACCAGGCAAACCGGCUACUGAUUUGAAGGCGGGGGCGUACGUUCCAUCACAUCGCGUUUCACUCCUACAAUUCGGCGGCGGCUCCAGUACCCAACUCAUCGUCGGGACCCGAGGAGCUGCAAACUCUCCGAACGUGGCUCUCUUCGAUAUUCCAGGUGCCUUCGUAGGCCGUGAUCCGACUUUUUCUAGGCCAGAGCCAUCCAUUUUUCCCACCUGUUCUAACUCACAGGGACACUACAGUACCGCCCGUGUUGAGCAUCAGAACGACCAGAGUUACCUCGAAGCAGCUCAUCAAUCAACAUCGGAAACUUCAACUGAUGAUGACGCGGGAUCUCUUUCCUCGCCUUCGUCUGACUCACAGGGCGGCUCUACGACUUCACAAGAGGUUUCUGGCGCACCUGCUUCUGUUUGCGAAACUGCUGCCGACAACCAUGGUGGAAGAUUGAACCGUAACUUGGCGGAAGCAAAGCGUGAUAAACCUUCAUCUGACGGAAGCACGUUCAGUGCUGAUACCCGUGUGCUAGGCACCAGCUCAGCUUCCACUGUGGGUGAUCAGCCGUUUACGGCUACCUCCAUACCUGUAGAUAGUUCGAAUUCAAUCCCGAUGGAGCCGAUACCUCCGUUUUUGACCUUUUCAACCGAAGCCGCGCACUCUCAACUUCUCGGUGGCGAUUUUUUAUCCUCAAAGUGUCUCGUGACGUGUGGGGCUCCAACGGACGUGCCGGUCUGUGACGAUUUCCAUAGUUCGCUUGGUGUUUGGGAUCUCCUUUCCCCGCCACACUCACGACUUGUGCUGAGGGACAAAAUUUCAACCCGAGAGUACGCAAAUUCCACGGUAGACGCGUUGAUCAACACUCGCGUGGCUUGUCUAUGGCCAGGCGACGGAGGGAACCCAAAUAACCGCUUUGCGAGCGUCGCAAAUCCUUCCUCUGUUCGCUUCGACACAGCGCCUGCGCACCCUCAACCGGGCACAACUCAGGAGGACAUCGUGCAAUACUACCACGAUGUUAGCACUGCACCCACAGAAUAUGAGUCUCUGACUUCGAUCGCCGCACCUUCUCGAACCAAAAAUUUGGCCUGGACCGAGCUACAGCUCGGCGGCAUUUCGAGCUCUAGCAAAGGACAAAGAGCGGCUAAUGUGAACGCAUUCGCAGCAUUCAACGGAGACGAAAUCAACGAUAUCUCCAGAGCACCAGAGUCUGCUGGUCGGGGCCACGAUAGGAUAGUGCUCGUGACCAACCGCAAAGGCGACGUUCGAUGGUUCGAUCUGCGUACUCAGCGCUACAUCCAUCGUAUAGAGGGCCACGAAGCGGCGGUAAAACAACUUCUAGUCCUCGACGCUCAGAAUUUUGUCACUAUCGACCACAGCGGCGGGUGUCGUCGCUGGCAGACAUCACAUGGACGCGGAGGAGCUUCCAGCUCUGCACCUGCUGCAACACUGAGCCGAAAUCCAACGAGUGUUACAUGCUUGGAGACCCGAGUGUCCCUGCACGCAAGCACGAGUCUCUUGCAGCGAACCGCAGUAGUUUCCUCAGCGCAGGUGCUCGGGCCCUCUCACUUCAUCACCUCAGGGCUUGAUGGUCAGAUUUUGAUGCAUAGAGUCUAAUUCCAUUUAAUGCAGCACGUUUCGUCGCUCGUAGGGCUCCUCUUUAUCAAUGUUUUUUCACUGUCUGGGACCACCUCCGCGACGUGGACGUAAUCCUGGAAUAAUUAUUUCACCAAAGGCCAACCCAAACCCUAGGAGGUGUAGCACGAAGCCUGCUUGUUUUGUCCCGUAUUUAGUGUCUACGUUGACACUUACACCCGUUGACAAAG